ACAUUAAGAUUAAUAUUGCUAAUGUUGGGACUAGUUCUACUGCAGAUCAGGCAAUGAAAGAAGAGAAAAGUCGUAAUGAUAAUAAUAAUGUGUUCAAUAUUUACGAAAGCUCUCUGAGCCGUCGUCAAAUGGACACUCUCAUCGCUGUCUCCGACGCUUUUUUGCCUUCCGUCGACGUUUCCGACCUCACCGCCGACGAAUCCCUUCUCAAGUUCUACGCCACUUCCGCUUCCAUGGCCGCAACUCCUCAACGUUUAGGUGGAAUGAUAAGUGAAAGACUGAAGCACCCAAAGAAGUGGCUGUUGAAAGUGGCGUUGUGGGCGUUGUCUACGUGGUUCGGAACCUUCGUUAUGUGCGGAAUAGCAAGCGUUUCCACCACUUUCCCCUACUUUCACAGCUUUCCCAAUCUCUCUCACCAACGACGCCAAGAGAUUCUCAAUUCUUGGUCUCAGAGUUACUUUUUUCUUCUUCGCUUACUCUACUGGUCUCUCAAGCUUCUCACCUUCCUCGUCUUCUUCACCCAGGUGGACAGCAAGGAUCACAACGUAUCAUGGAAAGCGAUUGGCUAUACUGGACCUGACCCAGAUUUCAAAGUCCAAAAUACCACCACCGCCGCCACCACCAAACUUGAUGAACAACAACAACAACAACAAGAAAUUCUCUUUGGACCACUUUCCAGUGGCAUAGUCGAUUUCAAAACCCUUCCUCAUGACCUAACCCUAAUCAACACACUUAAACGACAUGGAUUCCCCGUGAAACGACGACGUCCCUGCACCUCCAUUCUUCCACAAGAGAGAUCAACCCAUAAUAACAAGGUCCCCAGCUCCAUCUUCGACCCUUUUCUCAAAAUUCGAUGCGAUGCCGUCGUGGUCGGCUCGGGCUCCGGCGGCGGCGUGGUGGCUGGCCUUUUAGCUAGGGCGGGUUACAAGGUGCUUGUUUUGGAGAAAGGAAACUACUACGCGAGGAAUAAUCUCACGCUUCUAGAAGGUCCGACGUUGGAUCAGAUGUACUUAUCCAACGGUCUGAUGGCAACUGCAGACAUGGACGUUCUGUUGCUGGCGGGCUCCACUGUCGGCGGAGGCUCGACGAUCAACUGGUCCGCUUCCAUUCCGACUCCUCAACACGUGAGAAAGGAAUGGUGCGACGAAUAUGAGCUCGAACUCUUCGGAAGUAAACUUUACGAAGAAGCUUUAGAUGUUGUGUGCAAAAGAAUGCAAGUUCAGUCGGAGAUUGAGGAGGAGGGAUUCAACAACGCCGUUCUAAGAAAAGGGUGUGAGGAAUUGGGGUAUCCCGUUGACAACAUCCCUCGAAACGCACCGUCUGAUCACUACUGUGGCUGGUGCUGUCUCGGCUGCAAAGACGGAAGGAAAAAGGGCACUUCAGAGACGUGGCUUUUGGACCUUGUCGAGUCGGGAAACGGCGUCAUUCUCCCGGGAUCCGAAGCCGUUAAAGUCCUGCAUCAGAGGAAGAGUGGGAGGGAGAGGAACACGGCGACCGGAGUGGCCUUCGAAUUCGAAAACAGCAAAGGAGAUAAGGAAAUCUGCGUUGUUGAGUCUAGGGUUACAGUAGUUGCCUGUGGCGCUUUGAGGACUCCGACGUUGUUGAAACGAAGCGGGCUGAGAAACCCCAACAUCGGGAAGAACUUGCACCUCCACCCGGUGGCAAUGGCGUGGGGCUACUUUCCCGAUAACUCCUCAUCGUUCUUGGCGGAGAAGAAGAGCUACGAGGGAGGGAUCAUGACGGCCAUGUCGACGGUGGCGGCUGAUCUCAAAAAGUCCGGCUACGGCACGGUGAUACAGACGCCGGCGCUUCACCCCGGCAUGUUCUCCAUCCUAAUGCCAUGGGUUUCUGGAAAGGACAUGAAGGAUCGGAUGCGGAGAUUCUCGAGAACAGCUCAUGUGUUUGCGCUGGCGAGAGACCAAGGGUCGGGGACGGUGAAUUCAGAUAGCGAAAUCAGGUACAGCGUUGAGGCCCGCGAUGAGGAAAAGCUGAGGGCGGGGGUGGAGAAGGUGCUGAGGAUAUUGGCGGCGGCGGGAGCAGAGGAGAUCGGAACGCAUCAUGGGAAGGGGAAAAGCAUAAACGUAAAGAGUGCGAGCUACCAUGAGUUGGAGAGGUUUGUGAAGGAGGAGAGUGGGAGGGAAAUGAGAGGACUGCGGUGGCCGAUAUGUUCGGCGCAUCAGAUGGGGAGCUGUCGGAUGGGAGUUGCGGCGGCGACAUCAGCGGUGAAUCCGAUGGGGGAGACUUGGGAGGUGGAGGGACUUUUUGUGGCCGACACAAGUGUGUUUCCGACGGCUUUGGGGGUUAAUCCAAUGGUCACUGUUCAGGCCAUUGCUUAUUGCACUGCACUCUCUGUGCUUCAGCUUCUCAAGAGGAAGAAGAUCAAAACUACUUAUAUAUAA